AAUCCAUGAAAAUUGGAAAAACCUGAAGAACAAACGCUAUAAUUCCAGGUAAAGUAGAGCAAAGUUGAAGGGAGAUAGUAAUAAUAAUAUCGAUAUUAUAUCAAUCAAUAAUGUCGAUGUUUAAGAAUAUGUGAAAGUUUCUAUCGAUGUCUCAUAGAUAUCGAGUAUUGGUAUUUUUCUAUUUUGCUUUCGUCGUGAUUAGUUUUUGAGGUUAUGUGAAUAACAUUAAAGCAUGCUUACAAUUUCCUAGAUUUUACGCAUUAUUCCAUAGUUUAAACUUUAAACAACCAAAAUGGUUUCGGAAAAAGACAAUAGAGCAGAAACUUUGAUUGUCGAUACAAGUGCAUUUAUCAAAAAUGUCAAUCUUCAGGAUAUUGGCAAGAACAUCGUUACAGUUCCAGAAGUUUUGAAUGAGAUCAAGUCUAAACGUCAAAUAAGAAGACUUGUAGUUCUACCCUAUGAUCUCCAAGUCAAAGAAGCAUUCCCUGAAAACGUCCAAUUUGUGAUUGACUUUGCGAAGAAGACGGGUGACUAUCGCAGCCUGUCGGCAACUGACGUGAAGGUGAUCGCUCUGACAUAUCAGCUGGAGAAGGAGCGGUCCGCGGGUGACGUCACACAUCUACGACAGGCGCCUGACGUCAGUCGCACAGUCGACGUCUGCAAACACAGCGCUAUUCCCAUUGAUGACGUGGUUGGAUUCUACAAUCCCAAUAAGCGUAAAGCAAAGACCAGCACCAGUGAAAGUGUGAAUACGGACGAAAAAGAAGAAGAAGAGGGAGAUGUCGAGCAAAACAAAAUCGCCGAUAAGCUAGCCGAAGUGUGUACGUUGAAGGCUAAUGAAGAAAAGAAGGUUCUAGAAGAAUGCGAAAAGAAAGGAGAAGAAAGUAGAGAAGGAGCAUGUGAUGAAGAAGUGAAAGGCGAGUGCAAUAUCCAGGGAGACGAUGAAGAGGUGGAGGAGGAGGAAGAGGAAGAGGAGGAAGAUGGUGAUGGAGUUGAGAUAAAACUUGACGAAACAGACGUGAAAAGCAUUUUGGUGAAGGUGAACGAAGGUGAGGGAGAAGAGGAGGAAAGCGAUUAUGGUAGUGAUGAUGAUGAGGAUGAUGAUGAUGAUGAUGAUUCAGAUUGGAUAACCGUGGAUAACAUAAAAGAGAUGAAGCAGAUGAUGGAGUGGGAUAAUGUCGAAGAGAAGGCUGUAGAUGUGGCUUGUCUGACAACUGAUUUCGCUAUGCAGAACGUGCUGAAACAGAUCGGCCUGAACGUGGCCUCGCUCGACGGCAAGGUAAUCAAGCAGGUGCGCACAUUCAUUCUGCGCUGCUACGCCUGCUUCCGCACCACCAGUGUGAUGACCAAGCUGUUCUGUCCGCACUGCGGCAAUCGAACGCUCAAGAAGGUGGCCGUCUCUGUCGAUGCUGAAGGCAAGCAGACUAUUCACAUCAACAUGCGCAAGCCGCUCACUGCCCGCGGCAAGAAGUUUUCACUGCCGACACCUGUGGGCGGGAAACACGCCAACUACCCGCUGCUGUGCGAAGACCAACCGCGACCGGAUCAGAGGCCAACGCGGCUCGCAAAGAUGCGGAACAAUCCGCUCGAGCCUGACUACAUUGCCGGAUUUUCGCCGUUUGUGAUGCGUGAUGUCAAUUCGAAAUCUGCUAUGCUCGGCAUAGCCAAUCAGGGCAAAGAGGUCAAAUAUUGGAUGCGCCGUAACCCUAACGAGGCUCACAGACGCUGCAAGAAGAAGAAAUGAAGCAUUUUUGUUUUUAAAAAGUAUGUUUAUUAAAUAAAUCUAUAAUAUUUCA